UGAAAGCGAAAGUAGCAUUUACAGGAAAUUACAUAUUACGUAAUACAAAGUUCAAAGUUAGGCAUACUUAUUGCAUUAUUUGUCUAUGAUGAUGCGCACACACAUAUUUAUUAUCGUACCCGACAUACAGUUUUAAAAAAGACUGCCCUAAGGAUAGCAAUUAUUAACAAUCAACAAAAUGGCAGUUUGCAGUCCAGGCCAGGAUAUAACCGUAGAUUAUCUCCGUCAUAUGUGUAUUUCGAAUUUGGAAGAUGAGCAAAUACUUGAAUUUCUUUCUACAUCAUCAAGAGAGCUACAACGAUUCACAAAUUCUGCUGAGCUCACGAAUGAAGCUACUGAAAUUUUAAUACAUCUUGUUGCGUGUGCAUCACGGGUUGAAUUACAAUCGUCACGUCAAAAAGUUCUAAAGCUUCUUCAAACAAUGACAGAAUCACCAAUCUUGAACAACAGUGGAGCAAAACUACUAAUAAUGAACAGUAGCAGUUGUAAGAAAUACCAUUCAUACCAAUGCCUUCUCGUUGAUUUUCUGUCUAUACUUCAAAAAUUGAACGCAACAAUUCCAUCGGCAAUAGAUACGCCACAAAAAAUUGGAUUGGUCACUCUCCUUCAAAAACAAAUAAAAGGAUACGACGAUUUCAAAAAUAAUCAACAACUUCUAGAAGAUAUCGACGAACUUCAAAACUGUCUUAUAAGAAAACUCACAGAAAGAGCUGAAACCGCAAGAAAUCUUAACAAGAAGGAAACGAUUUCAGAGGAUAAGUUGAAACCACCAGACGACUUCCGGUAUCUCUCGGUAAUGCCCAAGGAAGACGACAUGCUUUACCAAACACUUUUUCUCCGACGGAACAAAGCUAAAGGGGGAUACAAUGACCUAGAUCACUACUUAGAUGUUCAGUUUCGACUGUACAGAGAAGACUGUAUUAUACCUUUACGUGAGGUCUACGAGGAAUUCAUAACAAAAGAUAUAGAAAAUCAAAGAUUUCGUUUAGAAAGUGGACGCAUCUACAGAGAUGUUAGAAUACAGACGGCAACAAGUACUUCAUUAGACCAUGGUGAAGUUUUUAUUAUUCAGCUGGAUGACGAACAUCGAAAGCGUAUCCGCUGGAACAAUUCAAAACGACUGAUAUUCGGAUCGGUUUUGCUUUUGUCAUUUGACCGUUUCAAAUCUUUGUUAUUUGCAUUAGUUUCAGACUCCAAACCUGACGAAAUGAGAGAGACGGGUUCAUUUAAAAUUAAGAUUUUCAAAACAAGGACGAAUCAGCAGAUACCCAGAGAAACCCCAGGAAUACUACUUGAAGCAACCUCUGCAUAUUUUGAGGCAUAUCACCAUGUUUUAACAGCUCUUCAAUCAAUCAAAGAAGACACUUUACCAUUUCAUCAAUAUAUUGUGUAUUGCAAUAGCUCAGUUGAUAUGCCAAACUAUCUUGCUAUUGACCCUGAUGUAAGAUUUGAUUUAAGACCAAUACUAUCUAUAAACCAGGCACAAAAUGAGUUAAGUGAAAGUUCGGAAGAAGAUUUAGACGAUUUACUAGUGGCAUUGACAAAGCAUGUGCAAAAAUCAGCAAUAAAAGAAAAAAAGAUAGAGAAACCAGAUGUCGAAAAACAUAUGAUAAAGGUGACGGAUAAAAAUCGAUGGCCUUCUGCAGAAGAACUUGGUAUGGAUGAGUCACAGAGGGCAGCAUAUAUAUCUGCCCUUACAAAAGAAUUUGUCCUGAUACAAGGACCACCUGGCACUGGAAAAACUUACAUUGGUCUGCAAAUUGCCAAAACUUUACUUCACAACAAAGAUAAGUGGAAAAUAACACGAAGUUAUGAUCAUGAUGGGGAAAGGUUGAUCCAGAAGAAACAAUGUAUCUUAAUAGUAUGCUAUACAAAUCACGCACUGGAUCAGUUUGUUGAAGGAAUCAUAGGAUUCAUUCCAGAGAGAGAAUUAAAUAAUGAUAUCCCUGCUGUUAUUAGAAUUGGAAACCAAAGCAAAAAUCCUGCUGUUGACAAAUACUCUAUAAAAAAUCAACGGUAUAAAGUUCCCAAAAGGAGGCAUGCGCACGAUGUAAUGGAAGCAGCUGAUCGUACCAAGUAUGAUGUUUUAACUAUUCGGGCAAUUUUGAAAAUAAUUCAAGGCCAAAAUAGUGUUCUCUUUUUCCGGCAAUUAAAGCCAUUCAUGUUAGAACAUCAUGUUCUGAAUUUUCAAAAGGAUCCCCUUAAUGACUGGUUGGACUGGAUUCAUGUAUCUCCAAAAUCUUGGUUUCAUGAAGUUCAGAGGAAAAAGUCGCAGAAAAAACGUAAACGAAAACCUAUCAAAACUAAAACAAGCGCAAAUUCACAACAACCUGUCAUUAACAUAGUGACAGAAGCCGAAUAUCAAUACAGUGAAAGGUCAUUAGACGAGAAUGUAGAGUUCAAUUUUAAUGCGAACUGGAUAGGUAUUGAUGUCAAAACCCAGUUAAAUCAGAUAAUGAUCGACGUGCAAGACGAAACGUGUCAAGAAAUUUUACAGGAAGAGGCUGAAGUUGUUUCAAGCGAGUUAAAAUCAAUGCUUACGGCAAAUAAUUUUUUGAUUGAGAAAACAAAAAAUUUGUGGAACCUUUCGUUGGAGAAUCGAUGGAAAUUAUACCGCCAUUGGCUACGGAAAUAUGUGGCAUACCUGAAGGAAAGGCUUCAGAUAGAAGAGAAUAAGUUCAAGGAAAUAUUUGAAGAUUAUAAAAAGGCAAGGGCAGAGCUUGAUGAAGAAAUCUUACGACAGGCAUCUGUUAUUGCUAUGACAACAACCGGUGCUGCAAAAUAUCACGAGGUACUGAUGAAAAUUGGUCCUCAGAUAACUAUCAUAGAAGAAGCUGCAGAGGUACCAGAAGCACAUAUUGUGACUGCAAUAAAUCCGGAAUGUGAACAUCUUAUUUUGAUUGGUGAUCACAAACAAUUAGAACCGAAACCAGCUGUUCGGGAAUUAGCGACAAGAUUUAAUCUUUCGAUUUCGUUGUUUGAGAGAAUGCUUAAUAAUGGUUUAAAAUACGACUGCCUGCAAAGACAGCAUAGAAUGAGGCCAGAAAUUUCAGAAUUAGUAAGACACAUGUAUCCUAAGCUUUAUGACAAUGCAAAUGUUUUAGAGUACGAAAAUAUCAAGGGCAUUCGACAAAAUCUUUUCUUCAUUAAUCAUGAGCAUCAAGAACACUACAAUGAAGAUGGGAAAAGUUUCUCAAAUGAACACGAAGCAGAAUAUGUGAAAGAACUUUGCACUUAUCUUUUGAAGCAAGGUUACAAGCGAAAUGAAAUUACAAUUCUUGCUGCAUACACAGGUCAGAUGUUUUUGAUACGAAGCAAACUGCCAAGAGCUCACUUUGAAGGAAUUAAUAUAAGCGUUUUGGACAACUACCAGGGAGAAGAGAAUGAAAUUAUAUUAUUGUCCUUGGUGCGAAAUAAUAAAAAUGGGGAUAUUGGUUUUUUGAGACGUGAGAAUAGAAUAUGUGUUGCGCUAUCAAGGGCUAAGAAGGGUCUAUACAUCAUAGGUAAUAGUGGAACAUUAAUAAAAGAUUCUAAGGAAUGGAGGACGGUGAUACAGAAAAUAAAGUCAAAUAACAGAGAAGAUACAAACCAUGCAUGCCCAAGAGCAGAUUGUGGAACGUCUUUUGGCCAAGCUUUACCAUUGUACUGUCGCAACCAUCCAGAACAUGAAGGAAUUCGGGCCGAAAUACCUGCAGAUUUCGCUAGAGCUCCAGAAGGAGGAUGCGAACUAUUUUGUGGAUUAAGGUUGGAAUGUGGUCAUGUUUGCCGUUUGAGGUGUCACCCGUACGAUAAAAACCACGUGGAAUAUGAAUGUAUGAAAAUGUGCCCCAACGUAUGUAAAGAAAAUCAUAAAUGUAACAAACGGUGUCAUUUUCCAAAAUCUUGUGAAUGUGAAGUUAUAAUGGAAAGGACACUCCAAUGUCAUCACACAGCAAAGCUCAUGUGCCACAUUGAUCCAUCAGAACACCAAUGCCUUGUGGAAGUGAAGCGUUCCUUAUUGUGUGACCACAACGUCAUCUUGAAAUGCCAUAUAAACUAUGAAACAUAUUUGUGCAGAGAAAUUGUUACUUGUACACGAGACGAAUGUGGUCAUGAGUAUAAACGGGUAUGUCACGACAUUGAUUUUGAACGGAGAUACAAAUGUGAAAUAACAGUUGACAAAACUCUUCAAUGUGGGCAUAUAGAAAUAAUCAAUUGUUAUCAAAAUAGAAUUGGUUCAUACUUUUCUUGCAAAAAGAAAUGCCUAAAACAGUGUAACAACAAUCAUAUUUGUAAUCGUGUAUGUCAUUUUUCUUACGAAUGUGAUUGUAACGUAAAGAUAAAUAAAAUAUUACCACGGUGCGAUCAUAAUAUUCUUAUUGAAUGUUCGAAAGAGGUUCACCAAUUAACAAGAUGCACGGAACAGGUAGACUUUAUUCUGGAAAUAUGCGGACACCAUAAGAAAUUAUCAUGCAGUGAGAAGCACAAAAUUGAAACAGCUGAACCUAUGAAGAGAAAGUUGUAUGAAAAGCACACUAAAUGUAGUGAGAUAAUUUCAGUAGACUCACCUCUAUGUGGUCACACAAUACUUGUCGAAUGCUGGAAGUCAUUUGAAAUUAAAGAGGCCAGCAAAAAUAUGUUGGAAUGUAUAUUAGACAUGUGUGACCUGAAAUGUUCAAAGGAAGUAGUUCUUAAUUUAGAAUGUGGACAUCCAAUAACAACAAUGUGUUACAAGAAAUCAUCUUACGAGAAGCACUCAGCAUUAAUGCAAACAAUGGGAAAAGCUGGAAUUGAAUGUGAAUCUAUGGUUGAACUAAUUUUAGAAUGUGGUCAUACAACCACGGUCAAAUGCUUUGAAAGGUUUCGUCACGAGGAAAACAAGAGACGCCAGUUGAUCUCAUCUAUAUUUUUUGCCAGACGUUAUAUUAAUAUUACAUGUACAGCAAUGGUAGAUAUUGAGCUUACAUGUGGCCAUAUGGGACAAAUACAGUGUUGGGAAAAGAAAAAACAGAUAAGAAACAGUCUUUAUAAAUUUGAUAUCGAUUGCAAGGCACUUGUUGAAAUACGAUUAGACCAAUGUGGGCACACGAAGAUGGUUGAAUGUUAUCAAAGGCACAACAAAGUCAAAUGCUAUGAAAAAUCUGUCUAUACGUACCCGAAAUGUGGACAUGAAAGGUACUUCGAAUGUUUUCAACAUCCAGAUAUGCAAAAAUUGCAACUUAAAGCCGAAAUUGCAUUGAGAAGGCGUGGGAUGGGAAGGAGGUAUAAUUAUCGCGAUCAAGUCGAAUGUAAAAUACCCUUAUGUGAACAUCUGAUGGAUAAGCAACUGACUUGCGGUCAUACGAUAACUGUUAAGUGUAGAAUGGCCGACACCGCAGUUUGCAAUCAAAACUGUGAACAGAUUUUGAUUUGCGGUCACUCUUGUACAAAUACAUGUACAUUAUGUGAAGAAAACAUUACUCACAAAGAAUGCAUUCGCAAAUGUGGUAAACGUGUGUUCUGUGGUCAUAAUUGCAACGGUAAGACAUGUACGCAAUGUAGACCGUGUGACAAGCUUUGCUCUUUUUCAUGUCCUCAUGAUAUUUGCAAGCUAAAUUGUAGAGACAAUUGCGUUCCUUGCAAAAAGUCAUGCCCUUGGAAGUGCCCGCACUUUCAAUGUUCGAAAUUAUGCUCAGAAGAAUGUGAUCGACCGCUGUGUUUUGAAGUUUGUGAAAAUAAACUGACUUGUGGUCAUAAAUGCCCAGGGUUUUGUAGUGAGCCAUGUCCGGUUUCUUGCAAGGACUGCAAUGCAACAAACUUUUUUGAAGGUGAUGAAGGAAAAAACACCGUCACGAUUAAAGAAUGCGGACACUCCUUUGGGUAUAUAUAUCUCGAUAGACACAUGGAAAAGACUGCUAUCGACUUAACCUCAAAAUGUCCAGCUUGUGGGCUAGUGUUUAAUUGGCAUCCACGGUAUAAUAAAAUACUGAAAAGGAAGAAAUCGUUAACAGAAGAACUUAAGGAGAACUUUCAAAAGGUAACAACAAAAUAUAAUUACACAUUUCCAUUGUGUGAUUCAAAAUUUGUCCAGCAAUUCCACAAUUAUAUUGGGUCAUUUAAUACCUAUGUACAAAUCAUCAGCUACAUAUCUCGAGACAGGAACAAUUUUCAGAUCAAAUCCCUUCAAACAUCUGCUGAAAACAUUUUGAAGGCAAUGAGAAAGACAACAAGCAAAUGCCUACAGAAUUGGAUAGAUAUAUCUGAUGCGAUAUUUCGCUUAUAUGUAAAGUGGAUGUUACAACUUGUUACAAGCAAUGAAAAACUUCUUGAAAGGAAAUUCAAUAGUAAAAAUAUAACCCAAAAUCAAGAAGAAAGUGAUAGCGAAUAUUCACAUGAUAUUCCUGAUGAUAAUAUAGAUUCCUCUUCUGAAUUCAUAGAAUUGAAGACAUCACAACCUGUUAUAAAACGUAUUAAGGGAAACGAUGGUGACACUAAAUUCGAAGUUAUUGAUCUAUCAGCAAUGUUUGAAGAAAAAAACAUAGCCAGUCUGAAUCGCGAGUCAAAUUUAAUGAAAAACGGAUGUGAUGGAGACACUUCCACAAAUCAAAACGUUAAAGAGAUAUCACACACGGAAGUUGAAGAAUGUCUAACUGGAUUGGAUAUUGUGAGAAGGAUCGAAGACACAAUGAUAAGUAAUCAGAAAAGUGAAGUAAAAAGAUUAUUUAAUAUUAUGAUACCCUUUAUGAGAAAUGAACCUCAUUUUACAGAAGCAAUGCAAUGUCCACAACUUACCUCUGUUACGGUAAUUGGUGUCCACGAGAAAGACUGGAAAAUAUGCAAGCAAGGCCAUCUUACAUCGACCUUGAUACAUCAAAAUUGUUAUACUUGUUAUGCUGCUUCGAGCUCAAAAGUGUCUGGAGAGUCAAAAGAAGGAGUUCUUUGGAAAACACAUUUCCAGCCUCUAACUGAAAACUCUGAAAGUGAUAGAUACCAUCAAGGCAAAGGAGGAAAUAAAAUGGGCGCACAGCAGGGCAGAAAUAAACGAAACAAAUCUAAUAAAAAUUGGAUGUCUGAAACAUUAGACAAGGAUACAAAACAAACAAACAUUCAAGAAGUUCGAACACAUGUGCAAGGCAGUAAUCAUCCAUCAGGUAAUGGAACACUUCUGGAUUACAUACAUACAAAUACAGUUGGUACUAAUAGAGGAAACAGUCGCGGACGCGGGCGUGGUAGAGGCAAGAAAAACCAAAAAACAUAUGAGGUGGCUGGAAGUUCAUUUCAAACUCGUCCAGCGGGAUAUCAAGGAUAUAAUACAGAUUUUAACUCUUCCGUUGGACGACCACAAAGAGGUAACAGUGCUUCCAAUUUUAUGCAAUCUAAUUUUGGGCGUUCCACAGAAAACAGAGGGACAAGUCAUAAUGGAAUUUGGCAGAGAAAUACUGUUCCUCAUCAUGAGCAAGUUGUUUCUCAUCAUGAUCCAGUAGCAGGUCAUAAUGGAAUCUGGCAGAGAAAUAUUGUUCCUCAUCAUGAUCAAGUUGCAGGAACAUAUGGAAUACAUAUGCAACAAAGCACGAUAUAUAAUGAACCGAAUGAAAACUUCAAACCAUUUAAAGGAGGAUUUGGCCGUCCGAAAUAUGUUCCUGGUUCGUCUGAUUCACAUCCUGGAAGAGGAGGUCGAAGAGGCCGCGGGAGGAGAGGUAGGAGAGGCGGUAGAGGCGAAAGAAACUGACAAAUUAUAUUUAUUAUUUAAUGAAAGUUAUAUCAAAACUUACUUUAGAGUAAUGUAUUUCAUAUUUAAUGGAUAUACUUUUAGCAGGCAAAAGUAUGAGAACCCUUUUAUUUUGUCCUUUAAUUAAUACAUGUAAUAGUGAAGUGAUUGUGUGAUGUAGCCAUCUAUAUUUGACAGUGAUUUGUAAUAUAGCCAUAUAUAUUUUGCAUUGAUUUUAUAUAUGUAAUGUAGCCAUCUACAUUUUGCAGUCAACUGAUACCCGUUUUUUACUUUGUAUACUUUAAACAGUGUUGUGUUUUACAAAUAUGAUUUAUGAGGUGUUUGUAAGAACUUACUAAUUUUCGGAUUUUUCGGUCAUUAAUGGUCUUCAACUUCAUAUUUGAAUUGGCUUUGGGAUUCUUUUUUUUUUUGGCACCACUGAUACGUCAUAUGAGGACGAAACGCGCGUCUGGCGUACCAUAAUAUAAGUAACUUUGAUGAGUUUUUUGUACAUUUUGUACGUACUACAAUGUGCCCUGUUUUGCUGCCUAGCUGUUUGUGUCCCAUAUGAAUUAGAUAAAACGAAAUGUUUUGAAUAAUAUAUGAAAAAGAAAACAAUCGGGAAAAUACUUUUUGUUUCUCUCAGACGCAGUAGUCUAGUAUUGGCAAAGAUCGCUAGCUUGUGCAUAUAGAUUCGGUACCCAGCAAAAAUGUUUAUCAAAUCUAUUUAAGUGUAAAUAAACAAACAUACACAGUUUA